CAUUCUGCUCUGCUUCUUCUUUUUCUCUCUAGUUUCUUCUUUCACCGCUUAUUCUCCAUUCAUACUAUCUACUCAUAUCUGCUUCUGCUUUCUCAUUGAUUGCAGAAGCAGAAAUCAUCAUUUCUUAUUAAAUUCCAAAAAAUAAAUAAAAAAAUUCUGUUCUCAUUUGAUUAUGAGUUCAAUUUAAUCUUUUUUUUUCUGUGUUUCUGACAUUCCACCAUUGUUUUGCUUCAUCUAGACGCAAAAAAUCCCAGAAAAAACAGAUAUUUUUUUUCACUUUUUGCUUUAGUUAAAACCCUCCCCUGUUUUUGUUCUGUUUUACUCUGUUUUUUUCUUAGUUUUAAAAAAAGCUCUUUUCUCCCCUGUUUCUGCUCUGUUUUGCUCUGUUUUUCUAAAAUGGAUCGGUUUUCGUCGACGACUCUGUUUCCUGAUACACUAGCUGGUACAAGAGAUGAUUUAACAGAGCAAUGGACAGUAAUUUGGGAACAGAUUAAAGCUCCAUUAAUUGUUCCACUUCUUAGAAUCGCGGUGUUUCUGUGUCUGUUAAUGUCGAUUUUGCUCUUCAUUGAGAGAGUUUAUAUGGGGAUUGUGAUUACGCUAGUGAAAAUGUUUGGUCGAAAACCAGAUAAACGUUAUAAAUGGGAAUCUUUAAAAGAUGAUGUUGAGAUUGGAAAUUCAUGUUAUCCUAUGGUUCUUGUUCAAAUUCCAAUGUAUAAUGAAAAAGAGGUUUAUCAGCUUUCAAUUGGUGCUGCAUGUGGACUUUCAUGGCCUUCUGAUCGUAUUAUAAUCCAAGUUCUUGAUGAUUCAACUGAUCCUAUUAUCAAGAAUUUGGUGUCAAUGGAGUGCCAAAGAUGGGCAAGCAAAGGAAUAGAUAUAAAAUAUGAAAUAAGAGACAACAGAAAUGGGUACAAAGCAGGAGCAUUGAAGGAAGGAUUGAAACAUCCAUAUGUGAAACAAUGUGAUUAUGUUGCUAUAUUUGAUGCUGAUUUUCAACCUGAACCUGAUUUUCUCUGGCGCACCAUUCCAUUUUUAGUUCACAAUCCUCAACUCGGACUUGUUCAAGCUCGUUGGAAAUUCGUGAAUGCUGAUGAAUGCUUGAUGACAAGGAUGCAAGAAAUGUCCCUGGAUUAUCAUUUCACAGUGGAGCAAGAAGUGGGCUCUUCCACCUAUGCUUUUUUUGGCUUUAAUGGGACAGCCGGUGUAUGGAGAAUCGCUGCGUUAGAGGAGGCUGGAGGUUGGAAGGAUAGGACAACAGUCGAGGAUAUGGACCUGGCCGUCCGCGCUAGUCUCAAGGGCUGGAAAUUCUUGUACCUUUCUGCUCUCAAGGUGAAAAAUGAAUUACCAAGUACAUUCAAGGCGUAUCGCUAUCAACAACAUCGUUGGUCCUGUGGCCCGGCCAAUCUUUUCAGGAAAAUGUUUAUGGAGAUCAUAAGAAACAAGAAAGUAACGUUGUGGAAGAAGAUUCAUGUGAUUUACAGCUUCUUCUUUGUAAGGAAAGUUGUAGCUCACAUUGUGACAUUUGUGUUCUACUGUGUUGUACUACCUGCAACUGUAUUAGUACCUGAGGUUGAGGUUCCGAAAUGGGGAGCCGUUUACAUUCCUUCCAUUAUUACAAUACUCAACGCAGUUGGAACUCCACGGUCGUUACAUCUGAUAAUAUUUUGGAUCCUUUUCGAGAAUGUCAUGUCACUACAUCGAACAAAGGCUACGUUCAUUGGAUUGUUAGAGGCAGGAAGAGUGAACGAAUGGAUUGUCACCGAGAAACUAGGGGAUGUUCUCAAGAUGAAAUCAGCCAUCAAAGCGGUUAAAAAACCUCGAUUUAGGUUUGGUGACAGACUACUUUUGUUAGAGCUAGCCACUGGUGCUUACCUCUUCUUUUGUGGAUGUUAUGACGUCGCCUUUGGGAAAAAUCACUAUUUCUUGUACCUCUUCCUUCAAGCAUUCGCCUUCUUCAUCAUCGGAUUUGGUCAUAUUGGUACUUUCGUUCCCAACUCUUAAGGAUACUACUCGUGGAAGCAACGCUGAAGCAGCAAUGUUUUCAGCUUCCUUUUUUUCACACGUAAAGAGAAAUCGAGUUGUUCAUUCUUUUUGGUUCUAGCAUAAAGUAUUCGAGUUGAUGACUCGAAUCUGUUUUGUUCUCUGUGUAUAUUCCAAUGAAUAUGUUUGAAGGUUAAACAGUACAACAAAGAAAAUUGUAUUGUGAAAAUGUGUAUACAGAAGACAGGUAAAAAAAUGAAGGAUAAUAUCUUGUGCUUAUUAUACACCAAGUAACAGCUAAAUUUUGCUGCUUAUUUUUUUGUUUGUUUCUUUGUAUUCUCAGUUUUCUUUUUAUGUUAUAUAGAAAUUGAAGUGAA